CAGAGACUCCCCAGCUGCACCCACCCACCUACCUCUACCACCAACGAGACCCCCUGCUGCACCCACCUCUACCAGGAGAUCCAAGUGCCUCUACAAAGGACACAGCUCUUCCACUCUCCCAUCAUCCUCUGCAAGGAGACCCACCUAAUUCUCAGUGGCCGUUUCCACUAAGGACACAAGAUGUUUCUGAUGAAGCAGUUGAGCAACAUGGGCUUCAACCCGGCAAGUGGGCAAGGAGGUGGCGGCGGUGGGCAGGGAGGUGUCGGCAAUAUUUUGAAGGGGGCGAUUGGCAGCAUCGCUAGUGCACAAGGAGGUGGCGGUGGCCAAGGAGGUGUCGGGAAUAUUCUGAAGGGGGCGAUUGGCAGCAUCGCUAGUGGCCAAGGAGGUGCCAGCGGUGGCCAAGGAGGUGUCGGGAAUAUCAUUGGGGGGGCAAUCAGUAGCAUUGCAGGUGGCCAAGGAGGAGGGGCUGGCAAGUUUCUGCAAGGGGCAAUCGGAAGCCUGGCCGGUGGAGGAUCCGGACAAGGUGGAGCCGGGAAACUUUUUGCAGGUGCCGGUGGAGGUGGCGGUGGGCAAGGGAUUCUGGGAGGAAUUCUCAAUGUUAUAGGAGAAGUGAUUGCCAACUACAAGCCAGCACCCCCACCCGUGCCUGUGGCCAAUGUCUACCAGCAAGAGGCCAACGAGAACGAUGAGCAGCGUCAGUUUCGGCGCCUGUUUAAGCAGCUGGCGGGGGAGGACAUGGAGGUGAAUGCCGACGAGCUGAAGAACGUGCUGGACAAGGUGGUGGCCAAACACCAGGACCUGAAGACCAGCGGAUUCAGUAUUGAUACGUGCCGCAGCAUGGUGGCCAUCAUGGACAGUGACGGCACAGGCAAACUGGGCUUCGAGGAGUUCAAGUACCUGUGGAACAACAUCAAGAAGUGGCAGUGUAUUUACAAACAGUUCGACACCGAACGCUCCGGGUACAUCAACUGCCAAGCGCUCCCAGGGGCACUAAAGGCCGCCGGCUUCGACCUCCACGACCAACUGCAUGUCCUGCUGGCACGGCGCUACGCCGACGAGAGCGGCAACAUCAACUUCGACAGCUUCAUCAGUGCCCUGGUCCGACUGGAUGCCAUGUACCGUGCCUUUAAAGCCCUCGAUAGGGAGAACACCGGGCAAGUGCAGGUACGGAUGCCCGAGUGGCUCAAACUGACCAUCUACUCCUGAGGUGCCCGUGGCAAAUAGAGGGCACCUAUAUCCACAUAUAUCUCUUCCCUGGAGAGAAGGACUUCACUACUGAAAGGUGCCCAGCCAAUCCCAGCACAGGGGCAGAGAGGCUCAUGGGACAUAUCAGUGAGUCUCUGAACUGCAUUUGCUUCUUCCCUCUUAUGUUACUUACACCCCCUCAGCACCUUAUUGCCCCUCAGUUGUCCCACUAUUAUACUGUCACACAGAGUUGCACUGGCAGCCAAUCACAGCGCUCCUUUAUCUGCUGAAUGUUUCCAUUUGCCAAAUCUGCCCCCCCCCCUAUAAUAAACAUCUGAUGUGUAAAGGA